AGGCUUCAUUCCGGAUGCGCUUCGCCGGGCACCUGAAGAUCAGUCCUGCAGCCGUCUAUCCAGCACCGGGAACCGGCUCUUAGGCUGUGCCGCCCACAGACGGACGCGUCCAGAAGCCCAGGCUGCCGAGAUGGACCCUGUGACCUUCACUGAUGUAGCUGUGAAUUUCACUGAGGAGGAAUGGGCUCUGCUGGACUCUACGCAGAGAAAUCUCUACAGAGACGUGAUGUUGGAGAACUGCCGGAACCUGGCCUCUGUGGAUUUGAUGAGUCAGCAUAAAACCCAAAACUCAACCCCACAGCAGGACAUUCUUGCUAAAAAGACACUUGAUGAAGCAAAUAGAGUGUGUGCUGUGAACAACAGUUCCCAGUUCUCCCUGUUGGGAAAAGACUGGAAAUGCCACGAAACAGAUGAGCCACCCAAGCAAAGGGAGCAAAAGUUCAAGCAAGUUGCUGCUGUGCACAAGAAGGGUGAGUCUCCAGUUAAUAUCUGUGGAUAUCAUGAAAUGAGAGACAACUUUAUACCUAGCUCAAAUCUUGGGCCUUCAUGGAGAGAUUCCACAAGAAAUUGUAUCCAAACAUGUGCCUCAAAUAUUGUGAAACAAAAUCCUGUCCUAACCAGUAAUCCAAAGAUGUAUAGAAACAACAAAUAUGAUAGAGUCUUGUGGCCAAGCAUUGAGCUGACCCCGCUUGUAGGAUAUCGGACAGAGUCAGAGUCACACACAUGGACUGACAAUCAGAACAAUGUGCUUCACAUACGUAAAAAUAUCUGCAUGGGGGUGGACGUUCAUGAAUGGGAUCCAUUUGGAAAAGCCUUUGGUGAAGACAUUUCCCUUAGGACAUACAGGACUCAUGCUGAAGAGAAAACUUAUGAGUCUAAUCCAUGUGAAAUCACCUUCCAAAAUAGCUCGAUCCAUGAUGUGCAGAGGCAAUCCUGUACAACAGAGGCAAAUCAUGAGAAUAAUCAAGGUGAUAAAACCUUUGCCCACAUUGCAAAUUCUGACUCAAACAGGAAGACUAAAACUAGAAGGGGGAAAUAUAAAUGUCAAGACUGUAGGAAAACUUAUGUAUAUCAGUCAUUCCUUAUGAAACACAUGAAAAUUCACACUGGAGAGAAACCCUACGAAUGCAAGACCUGUGGGAAAGCCUUUAGAUAUUCCCUACACCUUAACAAACAUUUAAAAAAGCACAAUAUGAAGAAGCCCUAUAAAUGUGGAGCAUGUGGGAAAGACUUCAGUAAGUCCUCAAAACUUAAUGAACAUAGAAGAGUUCACAGUACAGAGAAACCCUAUAAAUGUGAGGAAUGUGGGAAAGCCUUCACCAAUUCUUCCAGAUUUAAAAACCAUCUGAAGACUCACAGUUGAGGGAUGCCUGACUGGCUCAGUCAGAAGAGCAUGUGACUCUUGAUCUCAGGGUUGUGAGUCCAAGCCCCAUAUUGGGUGUAGAGAUUGCUUAAAUAAGUAAAUAAAUAAAACUUAAAAAUAAAUAAAUAAAUAAAAAUUCACAAUUGAGAGAGUUCAUGUGAAUGAAAGGAAUGUGGGAAAAGCUUCAUUAAUUUUCUCAAAAUACUGAACGCAUAAGAACAUAUUGGAAGGGGGGUGCCUGGGUGGCUCAGCGGUUGAGUGUCUGCCUUUGGCUCAGGGUAUGAUCCUGGAGUCCUGAGAUCAAGUUCUACAUCGGGCUCCCUGCAUGGCGUAUGCUUCGUUCUCUCUGCCUGUGUCUCUGCCUCUCUCUCUGUGUCUCUCAUGAAUAAAUAAAUAAAAUCUUAAAAAAAAAGAACAUAUUGAAAGGAAGCUCAACUUCCCUGAACGACAGAAAUGUGAGAAUUCAUGCAUUUACAUAUUCACA